GGAGCAGCUUGCCGAACGCACUUCUAUAAGAAAGUGCCCAACGUGAGGAUAUGCUUCGGCGAGCGAGACGGCGAGAUGUGGCUCCGGGAGAUGCCGCAGGAGAUUAUAGACUUCGAGUUCCUUCCAGCUGGCAAGUCCGACGAGGACCUCCACACCAAACUACAAUGUUACGACUUCCAGAAGAUGACAGGGCCCUUGUGGUGCGUGAAGCUGAGGCCAGAACCAGACUGCUCACCCGAUGGCGUGUUCAGGGAAGGCAUUGAGGGGUAUCCUCAUAUGUAUUCGAUGUACUGGGGCAUCAAUCACGCUAUCACGGACGGCACUUCGAACUCCACCCUUUGCGGCUUCAUCGUCCAGCUCCUCGACGAUGUUCUGGCAGGGAAAGAAAUCAAUGACGAGGAACAGCUCGGGAUUUACAUAUCGGACGAGAGGACGAAGCAGGCUCUGCGCGAACAAGAGGCUCGCGUGGACAGUGAUGCCGUACUGCGGAGCAAAUUGACAAAGGAAUACCAGAGUCUCUUUGGACGGCGCUCCCUUGUUACGACACUUUUUAAGGACGUUGGAGAGGAAAAGGCAAGGACUCUACAUAUGACGCGGGAUUUAGAUUUAGAAACUAGCGCUGCCUUCAUCAAGCGGUGUCACGCGGAGGGCAUCACGGUCAAUUCUGCUUUUACAGCCAUUGGAAACUUUGCGAUUGUGGAUCUCCUGGCGAAGGCGGGCCUCGAGCAAGAAUCGUACAGCAUUCGCAGUGAGCACGUCGUCAACGCGCGCCGCUACUGGAAGGGCGAUAAUACUGGGUACCUUGGCUGUCAUAUCACGCCGCUGUUGACUUCGGUCUUCGAAACUCCGCGAAAAUUCAGUGCAGACUUUUGGAAUUACGCCAAGCCCAUUGACGAGGAACUCCGAAGGAAAAUCAAUGGUGGGACAGUGCUCCAGAUGGAGAGAAUAAAAAGCAUUGUUCCGAAGACUUCUGAUAUCGACCCCACUUUCGAGUUCGAAUUUUGCCUCACCAACAUGGGGGACUUGACGAAGAAUGUGACAGAAGGCGGAGACCACGUACAGGCAGUGCAUGCUCUCAGGACUGCAUCUUUGAACAAUGUCCCUUUUAUUUGGGCGAAUUUCUUAAACACCUUCCGCGGGCGUUUCACAAACACACUCGUGUACAAUACUUUGUAUGUUAAUGCAGAGAUAACUGAAUACUUUUUCGAGAGGUCAUUCCACUAUCUCCAUGCAGCAUUAAAACUUUAAAACUAACAUCGUUCACCAACUAAUUUAGUGUGGGAAAUCACUGGAUUUUACCAAUAAGUUUUCCUUCAAAACACGCUAGAGAAAUAUUUCAUUUCUUGUUUGAAAAACCCGCUUCACAAUAACGUUAUAUCAACCUUCAAGCUUGAUUUGUAUUUGAUUAUAUAUAUCAACACAGUUAUUAUUUUUCAACGCAACUAUAGUGUACUUUUCUUUUUUAACUUUCACUUUGAAAUGGUUUGUCGUCUGGACACUUGAACAUAAAGAAAUACCUAUGAAUAUAAGGAGGACAAAGGGAAGAAAUGGGAGUGAAAAUAUCGUGCAGAAAAGAGUUGAAAAUUAAUUAACAAAUUUAAGAUUAUUUAAACAUGGUUACGCAAUUAUUUAUGAACAAUGAUGUUAUAUUGUUGUUAGAGCUUCACAGUAAUCUGACGAAGGUUAUUGCAGUUGUUUUCAUCAGUAUGACUAUAGUGCUCUCACAGUAACCACAUUAUUAUCAAUAACUCCCUUUUUAAGAUCUGGGAACUACAAAUAAGAUGUUGGAUCGACAAUGAUUAUUCUCUUGCCCUUUUUAUUACCAUUCUUUUAAUUACUGGCAAAUAGAAUAUGAUCUGAUGAGUAUAUACACAGACAAAACAAUUUGUUAACCUAAACCCUAUACUACACCAGGAAGAAAGGCAUUUGGUAUUAAUACGUGUUUGUUUAUUAGAACUUCUGGUGCAUGUAUAUAUCCAGAUGCUUAGCUAUGUGAUAUCCAGAUUGUAUUUUAAAUUUUGCUUAAAUAAUGCAUGGUAGCAGUUUUAAGAGCAGUCUGUAUGUCAAUAAAUUAAAUAAACUGCAAUUUCA